AUGGGCAUUGUCCUGGCCAUUAUUGGAUGGAUUGGAGUCAUCGUUGUUUGCGCCAUUCCCCAGUGGAGAGUAACGGCCUUCGUUGGCCAGAACAUCGUGACAGCUCAAACCACAUGGGAGGGCAUCUGGAUGACCUGUGUGGUGCAGAGCACGGGGCAGAUGCAGUGUAAGGUCUAUGACUCCAUGCUGGCUCUUCCACAGGACCUUCAGGCUGCACGUGCUCUCACCAUAAUCGCCAUCUUGGUGGGCGUAAUUGGGAUUCUUCUGGCCAUCGCUGGAGGGAAGUGCACAAACUGUGUGGAGGACGAGACGGCCAAAGCCAAAGUGUGUGUGGCAGCAGGAGUCAUCUUCAUCAUCAGUGGGAUCUUGUGCCUGGUGCCAGUGUGCUGGACGGCCAACACUGUGGUCAGAGACUUCUACAACCCCAUGUUGGUGAGCUCCCAGAAGAAUGAGCUGGGCGCCGCGCUCUUCAUCGGCUGGGGCGCCUCUGCUCUGCUGCUGCUGGGUGGGGCCCUGCUCUGUGCUAACUGCCCCCCAAAGGAUAACUACACUGCUAAAUACUCUGCCCCCCAUGCCACCGCUCCCAAGGACUAUGUGUGA